AUGCCUCAUAAACACACUCGGCGCGACAAGGACGAGUCGACCUUCGACCUUCCUCCAUCGCAACUUGCAAAAUCUCUACCGCCAACGACCAUCUCCAAAAAGAAGGAGGCCGAAAAGAAAGUCGAGAAAAAAUCUGACGACCCUCGCGGAAAGAGCAAUGGACAGAAGAAGCGGAAACGCAAUGGGAAGGACGCCGAUGAUGCCCCGCGCGCCUUCAAGCGCCUGAUGGCCUUCACUAGCGGCAGGCCACAAAGGUCAGGUCUCGACAACGGCGACGCUCCCGAGAAGGGCAAGGGCAAAGGCAAGAAGAAGACCAAGCCCGCAAAGCCCGCAAUAGCCGCGAAACCCACAGAAACAACCGCGGCAACGACAUCGACAACACCGGACUCCACUACAACAACCACCCCUGAGACAGCCACCGACCUCAAGAUCCGCCCCGGCGAGCGCAUCUCCGAAUUCAACCAGCGUGUCGACGCCGCCCUGCCCAUCAGCGGCCUAGUCAACAAGACAGUGAAGAACGGCAAAGACCCGCUCGGCCUCAAAGUCCGGCGCACCCUCAAGGAGCGCCGCAUGCAGAACAUGUACGCCGAGUGGCGCGAGAUCGACCGGCGCGUGCAGGAGCGUCGUGAGGAGGAGCGCGAGCUGGCUGAGGAGAAGGAGAUGGAGGAGGACGAGACGAUGGGGGUGACGUGGAAGUUGGAUGCGGAUGCGGCGGCGUUGGGUUCUGCCGGCAAUAGUAAGAAAAAGAAAGGUGGGAAGAAGGGGAAUAAGAGGGGGCGGUAUAUUGGUGAGGAGAGUGGGCCGGAGAAGGAUCCGUGGGCGGAGAUUAAGAAGAAGAGAGGGGAGGAGAGGGUUGGGUUGAAUGAGGUUGCGCAGGCACCGCCGGAGUUGAAACUGCCCAAGAAGAAUUUGCUGGUGCGUGGAGCCGCGGUCGCGGUGGAGGAUAUUCCCAAGGCGGCGGGGAGUUUGAGGCAGAGGGAGGAGCUGCAGAAUAUCCGGUCGGAGGUUGUCGCGUCAUAUCGGAAGAUGAUGAGCGAGAGGAGGCCUGCUAUCGGGGCAUGA